AUGCUUCGCCAAACGUGGUCCCCUUUGAGGUUGCCAUUGAAGUCUUUUAUACGACCUUCUCGUUCUUCCGAGAAGAAAGAACUAUCUUCAAAGAAUAAUGAUGAUUUAUCGAGCUAUAGUGUCAACCAGGAAACUUCAAGGUCUGCUCCUGCUCCUAUGAGUCAUGAUCUCGGUGUUGAAGAACUUAUGAAGAGCGAUAACAAGCCAUAUAUCCCCAAAAUGAAGCAUAAAAGAUUGACGUACGAAUAUCCAGGUUUACCAAAUGAAGACGAUUAUUCCAAGCAUUCCAAUGCCGCUAAACAACCAAAGACUAGAUCACGUUGGUCUAGGUAUGUUCCUAAGAUAAUCACUGUUCUUGUGGUUGCUUGGGGUGCUUAUACAAUCAAAGUUUGGGUUUAUGAUGAUAAUGAAUAUUCCAAUGAGAAUGACCUUUUGGAUCCAAAUGAAUUUCACAAAUUUAGAAUUACUCAUAAGGAGCAGAUUGACGAUGACCACUACUUGAUAGAAGUGAUGCCGACAACUACCCAAUGGCAGUAUAGUUAUUACGCCAACUAUGAAACUAAGUCUAUUUGGAACGGGGAUAGAGUAUGGUCAGUUGAUAUUAAACAACCACAAAUAAUGGUUGUGAGACAGUAUACACCAUUGCCUUUAUACUUCAUGAAAUCUGAAUAUACGUAUAGUGGAGAGAAAAAGCCACUUCUUAAAGUCAUUGACAAUGAAGUUGAUGAUUACGAUAAACAGGGUACAAUGUGCUUUUAUAUCAAAAAGUACGAUGACGGUGAAGUUUCCAAGUACGUUGUCAACAAAAAUGUCGGUGAUGAAAUCGAAUUGAGAGGCCCUAACAUUGAAUAUAAGUUUCCAUAUCAUCCUUUGAAGCCAUUACAUCGUCGACCAGUAUUCAAAGAUUUGCCUUCGAAAGUUGAACCUGAACUACUUCUAGAAAACAUAAAGAAAGCGAAUAAUGUUCCUGAUUUUGAUAAUUUGUCUUUCUUCACUGCGGGAACGGGUAUUGCACCGGCUCUUCAAGUGUUGUUAUCAAGAAAUCCUUACAGAGGCUUUAUUGAUCUUCAUUAUUCUGCUCAAAAACCUGGAGAAAUCAAACCUUUGGAGAGAUUUUUGUUUUUUCUCGAAAAACUUGACCGUAUAGAACUACAUGAACACUAUGAUAGCAAUCCAAAAUCAAGGUUGGCUAUUUCUAAUGUCAAAUCACCCGAAAAACCUUCUUAUGUUAGUCCAAUGCGUCAAGAGUCAGAACAAAAAUCGGAAAAUCUUUCUCCAGAAGAAUCCUUGAGAUUGAGAAUGAAGAUUCUUGACGAAGAGGGUCGCUCUGAUGCAGCUAAUUCUGACUCGACGAAAGAACGUCCUACUCGAUAUGAGAAUGCUCUUGAACAAGCGUUCGUUACACGUCAAGAAGCUAAGAAAGAUGCAAGUUUAGCACUUGUUUGCGGCCCUGAUGGAUAUGUAGAUUAUGUUGCUGGAAAGAGAUACGAUGCUACUAAUGAGCAAGGUCCUGUUAAAGGUUUGUUGGGGAACAGAAAGUGGUCUAACGAAAAUGUUUUCAAAUUAUAA